UCCGCCGUGGCGGCCGGUGGUCGGGCCGGACCCGGGUGGGCAAGCGCAGGGGCGCGUUGGAAAUGGCCAAGGCCUUCGCGGAGACCGCUCGACCUUGGCCCCGGUGCCAUGGAGAUCCCGCCUCCCUUCUCCCAGCACAGUGGAUAGGGGCAAAUUCAAUCACUGGAAAUCCGAGUAACAGACGGCAUUUGUGGAGUACAGGCGACAUUACGCUUCAGCAGUCCUGGCCUGCUGAGUUCCUCCAGCGUUGUGUGUGGUGUUGUGGGGGGCGCACCUGGAGCCUGGGGGUUCGGGAGUGCGCAGCCACUUGUACAAUGUUGUGACGAACCGAUUAAAUUAGUAAUCAAACGGCCAACUAAACUAAUCCCUUCUCCCUACACAAUGUCCAUACCUUCCAUUUUCCUUAUAUCCACGCGCCAAUCUCAACGUCUAUUCAAAGUCCAUAAUUGUAUUUGAACAACACACACAAAAUGCUGGUGGAACACAGCAAGCCAGGCAGCAUCUAUCGGGAGAAGUACUAUCGACGUUUCGGGCCGAGACCCUUCGUCCUGACUGUUGUACCUUUUACUGAUGGCAGCAGUGAGAAACGAGUAUGGCCUGGGUGAGCGUGAUGGUUAAGUGGUAGUAACUUCUUGAACCUGAUGAGCCUGAGUCUCUUGUACCUUUUACUGAUGGCAGCAGUGAGAAACGAGCAUGGCCUGGGUGGUGAGGAUCUCUGAUGACGGAUGCUGCUUUUCUACAAUCUUGUUUUAUAGCGUUUGUUUCCGCAAUGGAGGCUGCACAGAAGGAACAGCUGACCUUCGUGACACGAAAGUCUUUAAGGAUGAAUCAAAAGAGGAAUUUUCCUGAAUCAAGGUGCUUACAGCUCCUCGCUGAAGUUCUAGCAGUAGAUUGUGGAUUAAAGCCUGCUUUCUUGUUUGAUUACUGCUUGUCAAGUGCAGAACAGAUCCGGAGAUAUGUCCAGGAGCUACAGAAAAUGGGGCUUCUCUCCGAAGACCUGCACAUCCUGAGCAUUCAAGACAAUAUCUUAAUAAUAAAUUUAGACAGAACUGUCAGACACUUGGAAAGAGCUCUUCCAGAAAAUGGUGUCCGGGUCAUCGAUGUUUCUGCGCAUAGAGAUGACCCACAAUUAGCGGAGUUGUUGGUGUCAAAUCAAGUCAAAGCCCAGAUGGAUAUUAUUUGUAAACACUUAAGAUCCCAGGUAAUUCAAAAAGGGAGAAGUAAUUCAGGUUUUGUAACCACCAGUGAGAUCUGCUGUUCAGACUGGAACCUCUGUACAGUGUUUGGUUUCCUCCUUGGGUUCCCUGUUUCAUACUGGUUUGAUUUCAACAAGAGUUUUGAGAAUUGCUUAGGCAUGACUCAACUUCAGGCUUUCACCAUCUCUGCUUUUUGUCCCAGAAUCACUAAAAACCUCAAACACCGAAUGUACUCAUUCAGUGUACCGGGAAGCCUUUACCCAGAUUUACACAGCACCAUAGAGACAUGGCAGAGGGACCUGCAGUCAGACUUUAACCAGCAGUUCUCCUUCUCUGAUCUCUGCAUUUCCACAGAGGCAGUGUGUCUGCCUUGUAUUACGUUGUAAAUGUUACACACAGCAGCACUUCGACACAAAAGAUACUGCAUCGCAGAGCACAGUCAAAAGAAAUGACUUGUAAAGAUGGGCAAAGGAAGGAAGAGGCCUGGGAAGUGAAUUCCUGAGUUUAGGAUCUAACACUAGGAUGCUAUUGAUGGAGUAAAUCAAGGAGUGGGUGGUGGGGUGGAGAUACGUCUCUACCAAAGGAGCUGUAUGGUGUUCCUUCCCUCCACUAGUCUGCAGGCCAACUUUGGGCAAGGUAUAGCAUCUGCUUACCCCUGAUCAGGUUCAUAGCAAGCCAUGGGAGCAGGUGGUGCGUAUCAGCAGUCCUGGUUAAGGGAUCACUUACACCUUGCAGAGAAUCUUUGAAGAAUAUUGAUAAUGGCUGGGGUUGCUCCUCUUGUAACGACACUGCUCAGAAGGCGGCAAUGGCAAACCACUUCUGUAGAAAAAAUUGCCAAGAACAAUCAUGGUCAUAAAGACCAUGGUUACCCACGUCUUACGACACGGCACAUGAUGAUGAUGUAAUUAAGGAUAUAUUGAAGAGGUUUAGGAGGGAGACACCAUAGCAUAGUGGUGAACAGGGUUCACUUUCACUUUCUGUCUCUGUCUGUAAGGAAUUUGUACGUUCUCCCUGUGACGACAUGGAUUUCGUCCAGGUGAUCUGGUUUCCUCCCACCUUCCAAGGGCAUAUGGGUUAGUAGAUUAAUUGGUCAAAUGGGUGUAUUUGGACAGUGGGUCAUUCCCGGUCGGAAGGAUCUCUUACUGUGCUAUACAUUUAAAUAAAAUAAAGGUUUAAGUUGAAAGAAUGUCAAGACAUUUACUGCCUGAAAGAGAAUGUAGACUUUUUUGCACCUCUUACUUCCAUCAUUACCAGUUCCAGCUUCCUCUUGGACAUUCACAAUUUCCAGUGGGUUUAUGGGAAGAUAUGAAGCCUCUUCAUCAUGGGCUAAAGGGCCUGUACUGUGUUGUACUCUUCUGAGGUCUCCGGUCGCUCUCUGCAGUCAUGCCGGCCAGUGUUUUCACAGCAGUGUAAUGUUUGCAAUGUAAAUUUUGUUUCUGAAGGGAACUUAUUCCAGGUUAUUGCAACGUCUGUUGCAUUGGGAGAUAAUAAUUUUAUCAAGGAUCAGCUUUAAUCACCAUGUACAUUUAGAGUCCUGUGCAAAAGUCUGAGGCACGUAUUUAUAGCUAGGGUGCCUAAGACUUUUGCACGGUACUAGAUUUGUCAACAUGGAAUGGAGAGCAAGUUUGUAUAUCUGGCAGGAGCAAAACAUAUUGGGAAUGGCAAAGGAGGGCUCUGGGACAGGUGGCAGAGAAGGUGUGCCAGGUGCGGGGGUUGGAUCAGGUGCUGAGACACCAGGCAAAGUAAUUUGAUUCCAAACAGUUGAUUUAUUGAUCAUUACAGAAUGUCCCUCUAGUGUUUUCUGCCCCCUCCCCUCUCCCUUCCCCUUUUCCCAACCAUGAAUCCCCUCUCCCUGCCCCCUUCCCACUCUUCAGUCCACGAUUCAGACCCAUUUCAGAAUCAGGUUUAUCAUCACUCAUACGUUAGUGCAAAAGUCUUAGGCACAGAAAACAAAAACAUUUAACAAUUGCAAAGAGUUAUAAAUAAUUAGUCUUAUUGUAACCUAUAGUAUUUUAAUGUAUUGCAUUGUACUACUGCUGCUGCAAAACAACAAAUUUUAUGACUUGUCAGUGAUAUUAGACUUGAUUCUGAUGCUGAAUGAUGUAAGAAAAAAUAGAGGUGAAGGUAUAGAAAUGAAAUAAGUGUGCCUAAAGCACUAUAAAUACCAACAUAUAUUUAAAAUGUAAAUAGUGUCAUAAAAAUGGUUUGAAGUGUUUACCCCAGUGACAGGGGUAAUAGAUAAAGGGGAACACGUGGGGGCUACCUUAAUGGUUGAUGAGAUUAACUGGCUGGGGAAGAAGCUUUUAAGACGGCGUGAAGUUUUUGUUUUAAUAGCCCUAUAGUACUUUGCAGAAGGGAGCUUUUGGGAAAGGCAGUUUGCUGGGUGGGUGGUGCCCACAGUGGUUGUGUGCUGGUUUAGGUGUAAUUGUCCAUUGACAAACCAAAAGUAGCAGAGUAGUUCAAGUAUAAUUAUUCAAACAACCACAUGAAUACAGCCAAACAAAACAAUGUUCCUCUGGAGCCAAGGUGCAAAACACAGUCUUUCAUUGAAUCUAUUAUGAUUAUUAUUCUAAUAUGGAUUUAUUGAGUACACCCACAAGAAAAUGAAUCUGGGUUGUAUAUGGUGACAUAUAUGUAUUUUGAUAAUAAAUUUACUUGGAAUUUUGAACUUUA